UUGAGCAUCAGCGAUGGCAAGUACAAGCACAACUCGGCAAUGCUGGCCACACAGCUCAACAACUUGAUUCAAAACGACUACAUCCGGGUCAACUCGAUCGUGCGGGUGAAGCAGGGCGUGUGCAACCUCGUAUCCAACCGUCGCAUUCUUAUUCUGCUGGACGUUGAGGUCGUGGCUUCAGACUACGAUGGGGUCAUUGGUACCGUGGACAGCGCCAGCGGUGCUGCGGCUGGGGAGUCAUCGGCGGCGACAGCGAGUACCACGGCGUCAACCGAGGCCCCCACCAACGCGGCCAAGCACGCUUCCCCCGAGAACCCUUAUCGCAAAGCUUCAGCCAAGACGCCUCUGCCCGCCUUUGGUGGAGACGACCGUGCCAUUCCUCUCACGUCGCUCAACCCCUAUGAUCGUCGCUGGGCCAUCCGCGUCCGCGUGGUUGCCAAGCCCCCGAUUCGCACCUACAACUCGGAUCGUGGUGAGGGCAAGAUUUUCUCGGUCGAUCUGGUCGAUGCCUCGGGUGAAAUUCGGGCCACCGGCUUCAACGCUGACUGCGAUCGCCUCUACCCGUUGUUUGAGAAGAACAAGGUGUACAUGAUUCAGGGUGGGCGCAUCAAACCCAAGAACCGCCGUUUCAACCAGCUCAGUCAUGAAUAUGAAAUCACGUUUGACUCCACGACCACCGUCACCGAAUCCAAGGACAUGGGUGCGUACAACUUCAAGUCCUUUGCUGAAUUGGAGGCCAUGCCGAUUACUCGCGACACAAUGGCAUUCGCCGAUAUCCUGGCCGUGAUCAAGGAGGUGGCCGAUGUUACCACCAUUGUCACGCGUGCAGCACAAAAGGAACUAUCCAAGCGUGAGGUGACACUUGUUGACAAGGACAAUGUCUCGCUUUCCUGCACGCUGUGGGGCAAGGAAGCUGAGGGAUUUGUCGACGCCGGAGGUCACCCUGGUGUGGUCAUGGCCAUCAAAGCUGCUCGUAUCUCUGACUUUAACGGCCGCUCUCUGUCGGUGGCAAGCAACAGCAACUACAGCAUCAACCCCGACUUGAAGGAAGCUCAUGAGCUGAAGGGCUGGUGCGUACUGAUUUUUGGAUCACGGAGCAGGGUGUGCAUGGGGUUUGACAAAUGGAACGCCCGACAAUUCUGGCAUCUCACUGCCACGGUGGGUCUGCCUGACGACAAGAGCGUUGCUUUUCAAGUGACGGGCACUAUUCUAUACGUCAAGUCGGACAACAUUUACUAUCAGGCUUGCCCAACUUGUAACAAGAAGGUGGUUGAGGAGAGUGAUGGCAGCUAUGAGUGCCAAAAGUGCGCCAAGAGCUACAAGGAAUUCAAGUACCGACUCUUGACCUCGUUCAGCAUUGGUGACUUUAGCGGCUCUCAGUGGCUGCAGUCCUUUUCAGAGGUGGCUGAGAGCGUCCUGGGCCACUCGGCAGACGAAAUUGGUUCCUGGUCGGCUAACAGCGACCCCCGCUUCACAACUGCGCUGGCGGAUGCCACUUUUAAGACCUGGACAUUCCGCUGCCGGGCCCGCACAGACACGUACAAUGACCAAUCGCGCCUGCGCGUCAGUGUUGCCUCGGCUGUUCCGAUUGACUACGUUCAGGACAGCAAGCGCAUGGUC